GGGGGCGGGGCGGGGCGCUGUCGGAGGGCGGCGGCGCGGCGCGGCGCGGCGGCCAUGGCGGCGGCGGCGCGGCUGCGGCUGGCGCUGGCGCUGCUGCUGGCGGCGGCGCGGGCCGGCGCCUACUUCCCCGAGGAGCGCUGGAGCCCCGAGUCGCCGCUGCGGGCGCCGCGCGUGGCCGUGGCGCUGCUGGCGCGCAACGCGGCGCACUCGCUGCCCGCCGUGCUGGGCGCCCUGGAGCGGCUGCGGCACCCCAAGGAGCGCACGGCGCUGUGGGUGGCGACGGACCACAGCGCGGACAACACGACGGCGGUGCUGCGCGAGUGGCUGGUGCGGGUGCAGGGCCUCUACCACCGCGUGGAGUGGCGGCCGCUGGAGGAGCCCCGGUCCUACCCCGACGAGGAGGGCCCGAAGCACUGGUCGAACUCGCGCUACGAGUACGUGAUGAAGCUCCGGCAGGCAGCCUUGAAGGCCGCCCGGGACAUGUGGGCUGACUACAUCCUGUUUGUCGAUGCAGAUAACAUCUUGACGAAUCCAGACACCCUGGGCUUGCUGAUGGCAGAGAAUAAGACCGUGGUAGCACCCAUGCUGGAUUCUCGUGCCGCUUAUUCUAAUUUCUGGUGUGGAAUGACUUCUCAGGGUUAUUAUAAGCGCACUCCUGCCUACAUUCCUAUUCGGAAACGAGAUCGACGUGGCUGCUUUGCCGUCCCCAUGGUGCAUUCCACUUUUCUUAUUGACUUGCGGAAAGAGGCCUCCCGGGACCUUGCUUUCUACCCACCGCACCCUGAUUACACCUGGUCUUUUGAUGACAUCAUUGUUUUUGCAUUUUCCUGUAGGCAGGCAGAAGUCCAGAUGUUUGUUUGUAACAAGGAAGUUUAUGGCUUUCUUCCGGUGCCGCUAAGAUCCCACAGCACCUUGCGGGAUGAGAUGGAGAGUUUCAUGCAUGUCCAGCUAGAGAUCAUGGUGAAGAACCCUCCAGCAGAGCCUUCGCAAUAUGUAUCUGUCCCACCCAAGAUCCCUGACAAGAUGGGCUUUGAUGAGGUUUUCAUGAUUAACUUGAAGCGCCGGACAGACAGACGAGACCGAAUGCUGCGAACACUGUACGAGCAGCAGAUCGAGUGCAAAAUCGUUGAAGCGGUGGAUGGCAAAGCUAUGAAUAGCAGUGAGGUAGAAGCUCUGGGAAUUAAAAUGCUGCCAGGUUAUAAGGAUCCGUACCACGGCCGUCCACUCACCAAAGGAGAGUUGGGUUGUUUCCUCAGUCACUACAAAAUCUGGAAGGAGAUUGUUGAGAGGGGGCUGGAGAAAUCAGUAGUGUUUGAGGAUGACUUGCGCUUUGAGAUCUUCUUCAAACGGCGUCUGAUGAAUCUCAUGUAUGACUUGGAAGAGGAGGCUUUGGACUGGGAUCUGAUUUACAUUGGGAGGAAGCGGAUGCAGGUAGAGCAUCCUGAAAAGUCUGUGCCUCACGUGCGGAACCUCGUGGAAGCCGAUUAUUCCUACUGGACUUUGGCCUAUGUGAUUUCACUACAGGGAGCUCAUAAGCUGCUGGCAGCUGAGCCGCUCUCCAAAAUGUUACCCGUUGAUGAAUUUCUUCCAGUCAUGUUUGACAAGCAUCCUGUCUCUGACUACAUGAAGCAUUUUGAAAAUCGGAAUUUGCUGGCCUUUUCAGUGGAGCCACUGUUAGUUUAUCCAACUCACUAUACUGGUGACGAUGGCUACAUCAGUGACACGGAGACCUCAGUGGUGUGGAACAAUGAGAAAAUAAAGACUGACUGGGAUCGUGCCAAAUCCCAGAAAAUGAAAGAGCAGCAGGAGCUGAGAAAUGAGGCCAAGAACUCAGAUGUGUUACAAUCCCCUCUUGACAGUACAGCUCGAGAUGAGCUAUGACCAGAUCGAGCCUACUGUAGGGGAUGGACAAAAGGACUGGCUUGUAGGGAAGAGCAGGGGUAGAUGACAAGAAAAGGUAUAACAUUCUGCAGGGGGGAGGUAGGGGGAUUACUGGGGCUUCAUUCUCUGUUCAAGGAUAUAAAGGCAAAUUUGGUUAGGUGAUGAAGCUGGUGAGAGUUUACGUUUGGAGUCCUGCUGACCUUCGGUAUCUUGGGAUGCGAGGAGGAGAACGCUGAAAAAACUUGGCCACGCUCACUCCAUGGUUCCUUUCAGUUGUCACUCCUUGGUGCAAGACCCUUAUGCAGGCAACUGCUGUAAUGUCAAUGCUUUCUUUUCCGUCUUGGAAAUUGGUACUCAAUAGGAAAAUUGUCUUCUGGCUUGCGCUGCUGCUAGGAAAGCAUAGUGAAACGCAGCCAGAUCUGUAGAUUACAGCUAACGAAAAUCCCUGACACAAGCUGAAGAUCUCUCUCCGUAUGA